GGGGGAAAAAAAUAAACCAAAUUGAGAAUCGAAAGAAUAGCGGAGAUGGGAGGGAUCAAGAUCUACGGGAUGCCCACGUCCACCAACACCAUCCGAGCUCUGGCGGCCCUCAACGAGAAAGGCCUCGACUACGAGCUCGUCAUCGUCGACCUCCGCACCGGCGCGCACAAGCACCCUAACUUUCUUGCCCUCAACCCCUUCGGCCAGAUCCCAGUUCUGGAGGACGGAGACGUCGUCCUCUUCGAGUCGCGGGCGAUCAACCGAUACAUCGCUACCAAGUACGCGGAGGCCGGGCCGGACCUCCUCCUCUCCGGAGGAACCCCCGCAGAGCGUGCGGCGGUGGAGAUUUGGCUCGAGGUGGAGUCGCAGCAGUUCGGGCCGCCCAUCGCCUCGCUGGUGUUCGAGGCGCUGAUCAAGCCAAUGCUUGUCAAAGCCACGGCCGACGAGGCGAUCGUGGAGGCGCAGGCUGCGAAGCUGGAGAAGGUGUUGGAUGUGUACGAGGCGCGUCUGGCGCAGAACAAGUACCUCGCCGGAGAGCACUUCACCUUGGUCGACCUCAAUCACAUCCCCUACACCAACUACCUGCUGAAGACGUCCAAGGCCGCACUUGUCACAUCUCGUCCUCACCUGCUCGCCUGGUGGAAGGACGUCUCCGCCCGUCCCGCCUGGGUCAAGACCGCUGCCGGCAUUCCCUUCUGAUCGGUAAUGUUUCUGUUGCUUUGAUGCUUGGGGAGAAUGAAUGAAUGGAAAUAGAAUUCCGAUGGCCUCUCCAAGCUUUUCAUCUUCUGCUGUUUCGCUUUCAUCUUCUCAGACGAUAACAAUAAAGCGGUUGUUCCACUA